AUGCGCGGGAAUAGAAAAGCUCCUGAGAAUUUCCGUCCCUAUUUUCGUCUUGGCAUUUCCGAGGCCGCGUUAAAAAGGCGGAGAUCGAUAGUCUUAUUGGAAUCUCCAUCGCAAAGCUACGGAGGGAACGAAGCGGCGGCCGCGGCGGCCGCGGCGGCGGUGGUGGAAAGGGGAAAAAUGGUACCGAACGGGAGCAGCGGUUGCCCCGCGAUGGCUUUCCGGUACAACGGCUCGCUGUGCUCGUGCAAUCCCGGUAGGUAUAUGGUGAACGGGAGCUGCGCCAUGUUGGACGCCCGGGGUGAUUGGGUGAUAAGCCCCGGCGGUUCGAGGUCCCCUGCCUUCCUCACCACCUUCCUCCCCUUCGACACCUUCAAGAGCUUCACCCAGUCGCAGGCCGUUAUCCUGGAGGCGACUCUUGUCUUCCUCAUCGCUUGGCUCGGAUUCUGCCUCGCCUUGCGCUUUUCCAGGGUCGAUGGCGGCGUCCAAAGUCUCUGGUUCCGGCUCCGUUGGUGGAUCAGCCGCAUCGACUUCUUCUAUAACACCCACCAUUGGCUGGAUGAUAACAAGGUGGUAAUAAUGAGGAAAACAGAAUUGGGUGGAACAUUUUCAGUGGCAAGCUGUAUCCUAUUUGUUGGACUUUUGUCUGCCUUGCUGUAUCAGAUUAUUACAAAACGGAGUAUUGAGAUCCAUGGAGUCAGACCUGCAACUGCUGCAGAUAUAUCAUUUGUCAAUGAUUUGGAAUUCAAUAUCACAGUUAUUUCUGACAUGAGCUGUUCCAAUUUACGUGGUCUUGAUUCCCUGGUGAUUGGUACACCUGGCUUUAUUGGUUCCAAAAAUGUUUCCUUGUCUACUUAUGUUAAUCAUCAGUGCCAAAACACAAGCAUUGGUCCUACUAUAUCUCUUAAGUGCAACAGUUGCCAGAUUCUACGAAGAGAGUAUUAUAUUUCAUGGCAGUUUGUUGAUCUCCCAAUGAAUCCUGCAAGUGCUGUUGGCUUCCAGUUCAAGCUGACUGCAAAGAACCCAGCUGACAGUAAGCAUGUUAGUUAUGCUAGUGGUACAAUUAACUCAUGCACUUUCUCAAAUGAUAAACCAAAAACCUUCAGAGGGCAAGAUGUGAAUGUUUUGAAAAUCCAUUUGUUUCCUCGGACAUAUUACAACUUGGAAAACUUGAAACUCAUACAGCCACUUUUCCAUGACUUCAUUCCUGGAACAUCUUUUUCUGAUAUUAAUAAUCUUCAAGCAUCUCUUCAGCAAGUCAAGGAUGGUUUAUUCAAUAUCACAGUAUAUGUCAAUUAUCUUUCUGAUUACAUUGUGGAGAUCAAUAAAGAAAAUGCGCUAGGAAUCGUGACUUUCCUUGCGGAUGUGGGAGGUCUUUACGUUUUUAGUCUUGCAAUUUUCCUCUUGUUUUUGGUGCAGUUUGAGGGCACAAUCAAGAAACUUCGUUCUGAGGAUACUGCAAUGAGGAAUAUUAUUAGACAAAAUCAUGCAAAAAGGAACUGGGAUAAGGUAAGGAAAUAUGUCAUGUACACAUGGGGUGCAAAUAUCUCGGCAAUUGAUGACAACAAUUCUAAACGAUGUCGAAGAAUGAUGAUUGAUUCUUGCAGUGGAAUCCAAGCACUCCACAGAAAAAAACAACCAAUUAGAAUUACCUGCAUUCCUGUCGCGAUUCCAGAAGAAGCUUCGCAACAUCUCAAAGAUUCCAUUAUGUAGCCUUGAGAAGCACGUUAGAAGAAAAUGAAAAUGCGAUGGGACCAGGUGCUGAGGUGGGUUUCUGAAAAGGUUUACUAGCAAUCUUCAGUUUUAAGGAAAUUACUGCUCAAGGAUGCACCGGACUCUGCAAUAUGACAUCCUAUUGUUCUGCCAUAUGGAGUUAAGACUAUCAAAUACUGAUUGAUUAUGUCGGAGUGAUAAUCUUAAUGCCCCAGAAACAUGUUCUGUGAUAUAUUUGAACACGAGAAGCCUCACCUUUGGUUCAAGGCGGUUCAUGUGUUUAGAGAAGCCAUUGAACCUGAGCAGAUUUUUCAGGAAUUGGCUAACUGGCCGGUUAUCCUAGUUCAGUUUAUUCAACAACAUUUUAAUAUUACACUGAGAUUUUGCUUCCUUCUUGGAAUUGGAAGUUACUAGUUCAUGGUGUUUGGUACUCGCGGCAUAUGUAUCUGGGAAAGACACCUACAUUUAUUGGUAUUUACUUGUUGAUCGACGCUUUUAUCUGUAUCUGAAAAGUUGUUCCGAGAAUGAAGAGUAACCAUUCCACAGGCUUAGAAAUAGCAUGAUUAAUACUCAUACCUAUAGCAGUGUUGCAUUGAUAGCAUGCAAAUAU